AUGAAGUCAGCAAUCAAUCUGUCAUCCAAUAGUAACAAAUUAGCAAGUGUUCCAGAAUUGUCUCAAAAAAAAAGACAACUUAAUUUACCAUUGUUACCUAAUCCAAAAGAAAAACAUGGUGCAAAAUCAGUACGUGAUAAAAUUGAACCAAUGGUUCUAAGAUCUCCACCAACAGGAGAAUCCAUUGUACGGUAUGCUUUGCCCAUUCCAUCAAGUAAGACAAAGGAGUUAAUAGCAGAAGAUGAAAUGAUCAGGAAGAUUACCAACCAUCUGAAGGUGGUUGUUUCUACUUUAGAAGAAUCCUAUGGAUCUAGUGUUGAAGAUGGAGCAAAACCAGUAGCAAAGCCUGGGGAGAAAGAAUUAUCUUUAUCUGUUGGGGAUGAUAUGAAUUCGUUCUUGGUAAAUUGUUCACAAUUUGCAGUUCAGCUAGAAGAAGCAGUUAAAGAAGAACAUGAUAUUUUGGAAUCUCUUUUUAAGUGGUUUCAGCUACAGGUCAAUCAAAUGGAGGAGCUAAGUAGAGGUUAUAGUCUUUCAGAAGCAGAUAUUCUAGCACCUGAGAAAACAGUCUCUUUAAACAUUUCAAAAGUAGUAACACAAAUGCAAAAGCUUGAAGAACUGAAAAAUCAGCUUACACAGAUGCCUAAAUACUCCUUGAAAGACAUGCCAUGUAAAUCCACAUGGUCACAAACGCAGUCCAGACGUGAGAAAAUCCAAGUCCCUCUGUGCGCAGAACCUGACCAGCUGAACAGCAGCUCUCCGCAAAUGGGCGAAUUGAGCACUGCGGAAUUCUGGCAGUAUAGAGAAGCAGAAUUUCAGAUCCUCUGUGAUGACUGGGUGACUACCAAACAAAGAGAGCGCUCAGUUGAUCAAGAGUGCAGGGCGGCCAGGGUGCCCCAUGCCCAGAGUGAAACUAGAGCUGUGGAGAAGAGCCCCAAUGCUGCUUCGGUGACUAACCAAUUCGAUAUGAUGUUGAAAGUAUUUGAAAAACAGUCAGAUAUGUUGAAAAGAGCUGAAGAUGAUCAAGGCUUAUUAGAAGCUAAGUACAAACAGAUGCAAAAUGAUUUUGAAUUAUUAUCAGAGGAGAAAUCAGUGCUGGAAAAUGAACUACAAAAGUUGAAGGAUAUAGAGAAGAAGAAGCCAACAUAUGAUCGAACAAAGAAAACUGUAAAAAUAGAAAAGAAAAAAGACAAAGAAAAGCCAGAGGAUUCAGAAAGGAUGUUGCCUCAAGGAAGCCAGCUUAAAGUAAAAGAAAGUUUGUUUCAAGUCCAGAAACGAGCAGAUGCUCUGGAAACUGAGAACAAAGUUCUUCAGGAACAACUAAAACAGGCUUUACAGGAAGCAGAAAGAAGUAAGCUUCAACUUGACUAUUUCCUAAAUCAAGGGGUGGAGCUUAUUAAAAGUGAGGGGAAGACCAAAACGAUGGAAACGGGUUUUGGUAAAACACAAGGUGAACAUUCAAAAAAUAUGCCAUUGGACAGAGAGACAAGGGCAGCAUUUGUUUCAAAUUCAGGUGAACAAAGGACAAAUGAUAUAAUCCAAGAGGUUGUACUAUAA